GAAUCACUUUUGAAGAGAAGACAGAAACGUCAAAACAAAUUUCAACAAGCGCUAAAAAUUGUGUCGGAAAAAAUCCAAAAUUUGUUGAUAAUACUGAAUUAUUUUGACCUCAUUUGCUGUAUUCAAGCUUAACUCGUUCUAGUGCACAGAUUACGGUAGUAAUAUCUUCCCCACGAUGGCCGCAGCACCGCCCAAGGAGGACCCUUUCUGUUCGCGUGUUUACAUCGGCGGAUUGGGCGAGCAGGCGUCCCGUCAGGACAUGGAGGAGCUGUUCAAGGAGUACGAACCGUACACGGACCUGAAUCUGCUGCGCGGGUACGGCUUCGUGCAAUUUCCCACCGAGGAAGUGGCCAAGGCGGCGAUCGCGGCGUUGAACGGAAAGAUGCUCAAGGGCCGCAAAUUGACGGUGAAGAUUGCAAAUGAUAAUCGGGGUAAAAAGGGAAUACUGCCACGGGGCGGCGGAGGAAAUGUGGGGGGAGGUCGGGACCGGUCUCCGAUCGGGAGCGCCGGCGGACCGUUUCAUGGACCGCGGGGAGGUUACGGUGGUGCUGGGAUGUACGGUUCGGCCGGCGGGAUGGACAUGGGCGGCGGCUACGGAGAUCCAAUGCUGGGCGGUGGUCCCGGGGGAUUGGCGCCGCCGGCCGGGCCGGAAAGCAACGACUGCGAGAUUAUCGUCGUGUCGAGGGAUUUGACGAGCUACGCCGAGAACAUUGAGGCUAGACUGAAGCGUAACGGCCUCACGGUUGAUCUGCUCUUCCCGAACGACGACGUUCCUAUUGGGAAAGUCCUGUCGAACAUUGCGUCCCGUGGCAGUUACUACGCCAUUCUGAUUACGCCGGAAAACGAGGAACGCAACAGCAUCACGGUGAACGUGCUCGCCGGAGUUCCGGCCGAGCAUCGGAACAUGCCAACGGAGGACGCCAUCGCGUUCAUUUGCAAGGAUUUUGAAGACAGGUUGCGGGCGGAGCAGCAGGAAAAGAACAAGUUCCGCCCGAUGGGUGGAAACGCGGUGCGGACUCCUUCGCUGCAAGACAAACACCCGGAACCGAUCCAGAACAUGCUGAACCUGCUCGCGAACAACCGCCAGCUGACGGUGCUUCAGUACGACCGCCUCAUCAAGUAUCUCGGCGAGCGCAAAGAACUCCAGAUCAAGUACGAACUCGGCGAAGACGUCGACGCGUCCUCCAUCUCGAGCCGGUUGCUGCCGGAAAAGUCCAAAGAGCAAACCGAAAAGGAGCUCCAGCGAAAGAUCAUGGACAUCCUGAACAAACCGUCGAUCGUGCCGCAAAAGGCCCGCCCUGAAGUCAAAACCACUGCCGCCGCGUCCUCCUUCUCGUCCUUUGGCAAUGUCACAAUCGGCGACGCAUCGUCCUCUUCCUCGAGCAUCCGCCUGCCACCGAAGGUCGCUGCUCCGUCCAGCAGUGGGCUCCCGAUUGCGGCAGCGGCUCCGAAGUUGCUGCACGACCCCAAGGUCCAGAAGGCGCUCGAUUCGCUGCUGCUGUCCGGACUCGGCGGAGGGCUUAACUUUUAAACCGUGAACAACAACUCAACAUUCGAGACUAGGAUUAAGGAGAGAAGAUACAAUCAACUGACAAGCAAAUAGACACAAAUAAAGGGCGCGAAGCGGGAAUAUUUUCCGAGGUAUUCAUCCGGAAGGACAACGCUAUUGUAAUUUAUCAACUAAUUUUUAAACGAAAUAUGUCUCAGUCGGCUCACGAAACCUUGAGAGUGAAUAGUGAAUAAACGAAAUGUGCUGAAAUUG